UGGUGAUAAACAUGAAACCAAUCUAUUAAUUAAUUUUAAAAGUUCAAUAAUCUUAACUAAAGAUCUUGAUUAAUUCUGAUUUCCUUAAUUAAGUAAGAACUAGUUUACCUAGAAUGUUGUAGCUCUAGGCUGCUUAUACAUUUUUAUUUAUAAUUUUCCGCUUUAAUCGCAAUGGAUCCCAACCUUCCUCCGCAAGCUUUCGUUCCACCGCCAGGUUUGGGAACGCCUCCGUUGAUGCCCCAAAUACCCCUGCCGGGUAUGGGGGCUUUCCCGCCGAUGGUUCCCUCUUUCAGUGUACCACCACCUGGGUUCGGUAAUUUUGGUCCCCCGGGCGGGGCCACGUCCUCUAUUCCCGGAAGCGAAUGGAGCGAACACAAAGCGCCCGAUGGAAGGACUUACUAUUAUAAUCAGGUUACGAAGCAGAGCUCUUGGCAGAAACCCGAUCAAUUAAAAACCCCAGCUGAGUUAUUGUUGUCCCAGUGUCCGUGGAAAGAGUAUACAGCGGAUAGCGGUAAGGUUUACUAUCACAAUGUUACUACGAAAGAGUCUCGUUGGGUUAUUCCACCGGAAUUGGAAGAAAUUAAGAAAAAAAUCGCCGCCGAGGAGUUAAAACCUAGUUCGGGUACAACAACUCCACGAGAAGUGACCAGUCCAGUGCCAAUAUCGCAACCUCUGGCUGUAGCUGUAAGUAAUUCUACAGGUCCCAGUUCCCCUUUAGUUUCAUCUGCCAGUCCGGGUGGGAAAAGUGCCCUCGAAGCUGCAAUGGCGGCUACUCUAGCUGCUAUUUCUUUGCCCAAUCCACCAACAAAACAAGAGGAUUUAAUCUUACAUGAAGAUUCGAACCAUUCAAUACCAGGCGAUGCUCUAAAGGAAACUCACAAUUCAACACCUGAACCGAAGGUUUUUAAAGAUAAAAAAGAAGCGAUGGAGGCAUUUAAGGAUUUGCUGAAAGAUAAAAACGUACCGUCUAAUGCUAGUUGGGAGCAGUGCGUUAAAAUAAUUUCUAAUGAUCCGAGAUACGAAUCGUUUAAAAGGCUAAACGAAAAGAAACAAGUUUUUAAUGCUUACAAAACUCAAAAGCAAAAGGACGAGAAAGAGGAGCAGCGUUUGAAAUCGAAGAAGUAUAAAGAACAACUCGAAGAAUUUCUGCUGAAGACCGAUUUGAUCACGUCUGCUACCAAAUAUUACAGAUGUGACGAAUUAUUCAGUACAAUGGAGGUUUGGCAAAACGUCAACGAAUCGGACCGUCGGGACAUUUACGAUGACGUGAUGUUCUCUUUGGCUAAAAGAGAAAAAGAAGAGGCAAAAAACUUGAAAAAAAGAAACAUGAAAAAAUUAGCCGAAGUGCUAGAAUGCAUGACGAAAAUUAAUUACGACACCACUUGGAGUGAAGCACAGGUAUUAUUAUUAGAAAACAGUACAUUCAAAAACGACGUUAAUCUACUGGCAAUGGACAAAGAAGACGCCCUGAUAGUAUUCGAAGAGCACAUCAGAGAACUAGAGAAAGAAUACAUCGAAGAAAAGGAACGGGAAAAGCGAAGACUGAAGCGACAGUGCCGGAAAAACCGAGACCAAUUUCUCGCCCUGCUCGAUCACCUGCACGAAGAAGGCAAACUCACGUCGAUGUCCCUGUGGGUCGAACUGUACCCCAUCAUCUCCGCCGACAUUCGGUUCUCCGCCAUGUUGGCAAACCUGUUUGCAGGCCAAAGCGGCUCGACGCCCCUGGACCUCUUCAAGUUCUACGUCGAAGAUCUCAAGUCGCGCUUCCACGACGAGAAGAAAAUCAUCAAGGAGAUCCUGAAGGAGAAGAACUUCGAGGUGCAAAUCGACACGACCUUCGAUCAAUUCGCCACCGUCAUUUGCGAGGACAAGCGAUCCGCGUCGCUGGACGCCGGAAACGUCAAGCUCACGUACAAUUCUUUCUUGGAAAAGGCCGAGGCGAAGGAGAAGGAACGCUUGAAAGAGGAGAACAAGCGUAUAAAAAAGUUGGAAACGAAUUUCAAGUCGCUGUUGAAAGAGAUGAACAUCGAUUUCGAGCUGUCGUGGGACGAAGUGAAGAGUAAAUUGGAGAACGAAGAGGAAUUUCUGGCGUUCGAAGCAGACAGUGAGAGGCUAAAAGUGUAUAAGGAAUAUCAACAUGAAAUGGAAGAGUCGUGCAGCCAUCACCACUCGCGAUCGAAGAAAUCCAAGAAGAAGAAGAAGAAAACGUACAGGACUUCAUCCAGCGAUUCCGACAGCGACAAGCACAAGAAAUCGAAGCACCAGAAGUCGAAGAGCCCCACGCCCUACUCGGAAGAGAGCGGCGAAGAGUACAGGAAGAAGAAGUCGAAGAAGAAGCACAAACGGAAAGCAUCUCCUAACACUCCUCCGCCGGCUCAAUCCAAGUACCGCGAGGAAGGAAGGGGCGAUAUGAGCGAAACGGAGUUAGAGAAGCAGCGGGCCCUGCUAUUGGCCAAGUUGAACGAGAGCGAAUGAUGCCGGUGGCGUGUGCAAGAGCGCUUUUUAAUUAAUUGGAACAAUUUGCGGUCGUUUUUUGCGCGUGAAAUCGUCGGUGUAAUUGGUGCGAUAAGUGAUCGAUUGAAGCAUAUGUAAAUGUAACGAGAACGGGUUUUCUUGCGCUCGGUUUAGUUGCUAAAUUGCCCGCAAUAUGUUCGUUAAUUUGGAUUGUUGGAGAGACGCGGGAUGAGUUUUUGUUAAAAUAAAAUCGAAUACCGUGUAAAAUUUUCCGAUUUAUUUUAUCGAUAAUGUUGUUGCGAGGAAGGUGUUCGAUUUUAUUUUGAAUUGAUUAGGUUUUGAAUAAACCUCGGUUGCUCAAAUUAGGACAUAAAAUCAUUUACCUUACUUUAUUCGUAGCAAUUAAAUUUUCUUAUGUAGAAAUGCGCAUCGACUAUAAUAGACUUUUUAAUAAAACUUCAAAAAUUU